UGUUGAGGAUUGUAGUUUUAUCACGUUGCCGUUCCAAUCCAAAAUCAUGCCAUUUUCGUCCGAAAUGAACUUCAAUACCCAGUGUACUCCUAUACAAAAUCUUUUACGCGAAAUUGCUAUCACCUUCUGGUUGCUGCUGUAGCUAUCUGUGUAAGUGACAGGGAAGUGGGUGUAAUGGACUGAUCCUCAUACCAACAAUAUCAAAAUAAGGCGCCUGUUAAAGCCUCGGCUGCUGUUAAACUAAACCAUGUUCGGCCGCUCGCGAAGCUGGGUUGGAGGUCAAGGGAAGGCGAAAAAUAUUCAUUCCCUGGAACAUUUAAAGUACAUGUACCAUGUGCUUACGAAGAAUACCACGGUGACUGAACACAACAGAAACCUGCUGGUGGAGUCCAUUCGUUCAAUCACGGAGAUUCUCAUCUGGGGAGACCAGAAUGACAGCUCGGUGUUUGACUUCUUUCUGGAGAAGAACAUGUUUGCCUUCUUCUUAAACAUCCUACGUCAGAAGUCCGGCCGCUAUGUCUGUGUUCAGCUCCUGCAGACCUUAAACAUACUGUUUGAGAACAUCAGCCAUGAGACCUCUCUCUAUUACCUGCUGUCGAACAACCAUGUGAACUCCAUCAUCGUCCACAAGUUUGACUUCUCUGAUGAGGAGAUCAUGGCCUAUUACAUCUCCUUCCUCAAAACGCUGUCCCUCAAGCUGAACAACCACACUGUGCACUUCUUCUACAACGAGCACACUAAUGACUUUGCCCUGUACACCGAGGCCAUCAAGUUCUUCAACCACCCCGAGAGCAUGGUGCGCAUCGCAGUCCGCACAAUCACACUCAACGUCUACCAAGUGGACAACAAGCACAUGCUGCACUACAUCCGUGACAAGACGGCCGUGCCCUACUUCAGCAACCUGGUGUGGUUCAUCGGCAGCCAUGUCAUCGAGCUGGACAAGUGUGUGCAGACGGACGAAGAACACAGGAACCGAGGUAAGCUGAGCGACCUGGUGGCGGAGCACCUGGACCACCUGCACUACCUGAACGACAUCCUCAUCAUCAACUGUGAGUUCCUCAACGACGUGCUCACGGACCACCUCCUCAACCGCCUCUUCCUGCCGCUCUACGUCUACUCCCUGGUCAACCCCGACACGUCUGAAGAAAGGAAGAUAAACCCUCAGGUGUCCCUCUACCUGCUCUCUCAAGUGUUUCUGAUCAUCCACUACCGCCCGCUGGUCAACUCCCUGGCCGAGGUGGUCCUCAACGGGGACCUGUCCGUCUUCACCCCCCACAUGGACGCGCGCAACGCGCACAAGACGACAGCCGGCGGCGCUGGAGGCGUGCGGCGCUUCACCAAGCCCUCGGAGACGCUGGAGCGCUCCCUGGAGAUCCACCGCCAGCGGGGGCGCCAGCGCGCCCAGAAGCGCCCCAACUACAAGAACCUGGGGGAGGGCGGGGAGGAGGAGGAGACGGAGACCGCCACCGCCGCCGCCACUGAGGACCGGACCGGGACGGGGGGAGGAGGAGGAGGAGAGGAGGGGGGGUGGGAGGAUGACCUCCUCCGAGGAGAGCGGGAGAGGGGGAAAGGUACAGAUGGAGGAGGAGGAGGAGGGAGUUCUAAGCCGGGCAGAGCGAGUGGGGAGCGGGCAGAAGAGAUAGAGAUGGUGGUGAUGGAGAAGUGCAAGGUCUCUGACAUGACGGAGCAGAACACCACAGACGAGGAGAAGACGGCAGCGGCCACACGCAUGCAGAUGCACAAGAGCAGUCCCUGGCUUCCUGUUCUCCCUGGCAGGCCCUUCCUGGACAUGGUGUUCAGUGCACUGGACUGCAGCCAUGACGACUACCACGCUCUGUUUGUGCUCUGCCUGCUCUACGCCGUGUCCCACAGCCAAGGUAUAAACAGUGCCCUCCUGGAGCGCCUGCAGCUGCCCGUGCCACAGCAGGAGAGGUGCUCUUACAGCCAGGGGCUGGUGGAGCGGCUUAUCAGGGUCACCAGCCAGGCCUCCCAGCCCGAUGGCAAGGUGCGUCUCGCUACACUUGAACUCAGCUGUGUUCUACUGAAGCAGUCGGUGCUUCCAGGGAACCACUGUAUCAUCAAGGACGUGCACCUGGCCUGCAUGGAGGGCGCACGGGAAGAGAGUCUACAUCUGCUCCGAAGGUUCUACAAGGGUGAAGAGAUCUUCCUGGACAUGUUUGAAGAUGAAUAUCGGAGCAUGACGUGUAAACCUCUGAACGUAGAGUAUUUGAUGAUGGACGCCUCCAUCCUCCUCCCCCCCACGGGCACCCCGUUGACGGGGAUAGACUUUGUCAAGAGACUGCCCUGUGGAGACGUGGAGAAGACGCGCAGGGCCAUCCGUGUGUUCUUCAUGCUGCGGGCGUUGUCCCUGCAGCUCCAGGGGGAGCCGGAGACCCAGCUGCCCCUGACCCGGCCAGAGGACCUCAUCAAGACUGAUGAUGUGCUGGACCUCAACAACAGCGACCUGAUCGCGUGCAUGGUGGUGAGCAAGGACGGGGGGCAGGCCCAGAGGUUUUUGGCCGUGGACGUCUACCAGAUGAGCCUGGUGGAGCCGGAGACCAAGCGCUUGGGCUGGGGCGUGGUCAAGUUCGCCGGCCUGCUGCAGGACAUGCAGGUGUCGGGCGUGGAGGACGACAGCCGGGCGCUCAGCGUGGUCAUCCACAAGCCGGGCUCCAACCCGCACGCCAAGCCCAUGCCCAUCCUGCAGGCCAACUUCAUCUUCGCCGACCACAUCCGCUGCAUCAUCGCCAAGCAGCGGCUGGCCAAGGGCCGCAUCCAGGCGCGCCGCACCAAGAUGCAGCGGAUCGCGGCCCUGCUGGAGCUGCCCAUGCAGCCCGGCAGCACGGACGUCCUGGGCUUCGCCCAGCCCGGCCACGCCUCGCCCGGCGGCCUGCCCUUCCGCUUCUACGAGCAGUCGCGCCGCGCGCCCAACGACCCAACCGCCAGCCGCGCGCUCUUCGCCUCGGUGGACAAGGUGCCAGGCUUCGCGGUGGCCCACUGCGUGGCCCAGCACAGCCCCUCGCCGCUGUCCUCGCCCUCCCCCCCCUCCUCCAGUGGCACUGGGAGCACUGGGAGCACUGGGAGGUGCGACUCGGUCGCCGCCAGCACCAUCUCCUCCCGCAGCCCUGCAGACGACAGCACCUUCCUGGAGAACACCCCUCCGUCAUCAUCGGGCGGCGAGGGCGGGGGCGAGGGCGUAGGGGCGCCCUCCACCCCGCCCCCCCAACACCACCACCACCACCACCAGUGGGCCCUGGCCCCCAGCCUCACGCCGGCCUCCCAACCCUCCAUCUCCCUGCUCACCGACGGCGGCGGUGCCGACACGCUGGGCGUGGAGUCGCUCACCCUGCUGCCCCCCGCCCCCCUCCCCCUCGGGCCCCCCUCCUCCAUCGCCGAGGAGGAAGAGGAAGAGGAGGAGGGGGGGGAGGAGGGGGAGGGGGAGGGGCCCGGCGACGCGGCCGCGACCCCAUUGGCUGAUUUCCAGGGAGGGGACUCGACCGCAGGCGAUGGGCCCCAGGAGACGAGAGAAGAAGAAGAAGAUGAUGAUGAUGAAGAAGAAGAAGAGGGGGAGACACACAGCCAGCCGACAGACGCACUCGACUCACCAGAGCUCGACUGAAAGACAGACAGACAGACAGGCAGACAGACUUACACAGACAGACUCAGACAGAAACACAGAC